CUAUCGAUAGGCAGCAGGCAAAUCCAGAUGCUAGAGAAUUUUCGGUUGUUUUGGCCAACAAACUAGGCCCUGUUCCUACAGUUUUUUGCCAUUUGGAGGCCAGCACUUUGACCCGGUUCGGAGGAGGAGCCUGGCCAGCGGGGUCCAAUGGCGCGCAAUGUGCUCGAGAGCAGCCUGCUGGGCGCCGGCUUCAGCAUCAUUUUUCAGAUACUGUGCCGCAUCCUCACCUUCGGCAUCAACGCGUACAUCGUGCGGCAUGUGGGCCGCGAGGUGCUGGGCAUCAUGAACGUGCGCCUGCUGCUCUUGGAGAGCACACUGCUCUUCCUGUCCCGCGAGGCCAUCAACCGGGCGGCCCUCAGCGCCAAUGCCCAGCAGGGCGACCGCUGCUCCUGGGCGCAGCUGAUCAACCAGAUGUGGCUCACGGUGCCCAUCUGCGCUGUUUUGUGUGCUCCGUGCCUGUAUAUCUGGCUGAACUGGCUCUCGGCGGUGGACGCCAUCUACGCCUCGCAAUACGAGUUCGCCUGCUAUGCCGUGGCCCUGUCCUGCGUCCUGGAACUGCUGGCCGAGUCGGCGGUGUUCGUGGCCCAGGUGUUUUGCUUUGUGAAGCUGAAGAUCCUGCUGAACACGCUGCACAUCCUGGUGCGCUCGGCCAUCUUCCUGUGGAUCGUCACCGGCGACCGCAGUGCGGCGAUCAAUGCCUUCGCGCUGGCCCAACUCUCCAGCGCAGUGACCAUUGUCGUGGGCCAGUAUGGCUUCUUCUACUUCUACCUCAGGGGCUUCAAGGACUUUGUGGCGCGACAGGCGCGAAAGAAGCCGCCGGCAGCGAAGGCCUGGCAGGUGUCGCUGUACGAGCACAUGGAUGACUUCCCCUUCAAGCAGCUAAACGAUUUCCUGCCCGGCGUGAUGUUCAAUCCGAAUGGCAAGCACUUUAACCGUGAGCUGCAGACGCUGACGCUGAGCUUCGUGAAGCAGGGCGUGCUCAAGCAGAUCCUCACCGAGGGCGAGAAGUACGUGAUGUCGGUGUCGCCAGUGCUGAGUUUCGGCGAGCAGGCCACCUACGAUGUGGUCAACAAUCUGGGCAGCAUGGCCGCCCGCUUCAUCUUCCGCCCCAUCGAGGACAGCUCGUACUUCUACUUCACGCAGACGCUGUCCCGGGACAUCAAGUUGGCCAAGCAGCCGCAGGAGCGCGUCCGCCAGGCGAGCAGCGUCCUGAACAACCUGCUCCUGGGCGUCAGCUCCAUCGGCCUGAUUGCGUUCACCUUCGGCCAGAGCUACUCGUACCCGGUACUGUUGCUCUACGGCGGCCCCGACUUCGUGGCCGGCGGACUGCCGCAGAGCCUGCUGCAGUGGCACUGCCUGGCCAUCUAUCUGCUGGCCGUGAACGGGAUCAGCGAGGGCUACAUGUUCGCCACGAACACCAGUCGCGACAUCGACAAGUACAACUACCUGAUGGCCAUCUUCUCGGUCAGCUUCCUGGUGCUCUCCUACAUUUUGACGGGCAUCUUCGGCCCGGUCGGUUUCAUCUUUGCGAACUGCAUCAACAUGCUGAGCAGGAUCCUCUACAGCACGUACUACAUCCGGGCUCAGUACCGACCGUUGUCGCUGGAUCCGCUGCUGGGCCUCUGGCCGGGCAAACUCUUCGGCGGCACGCUCCUCCUGGCCGGGAUCGUCUGCUAUUGGUACCAAAGUUCUGGCCUCGCCACACAUCUGGGCGUGGGUGUACUGGCCGGCCUCGCCUGCCUCUUGUCCUGGGCACUGGCCCAUCGGGAUCUGGUGCGACUGGCCUGGCGCUAUGGCCGCCGCAUCAAGAUCGAGUAGCUGGGGCAUGGACCGCAUGGACCCCUCGUCGAUUCAAUGAAACGCACAGUUCGAGACAUUAUGACAUAUUUAUAUAUAGUUGACAAUUGUAAAUUAAUUCCGAAAUUAAGUUAUGUACUUACCGAGUGUUUGUAGAGCCUUGAAUGCUUACUAUUGUUAAGACAUGCAUUAAAAGACAACGAUUACUGUUAA